CACUUGCUCAUCCUUUCACAUCAUUUUUGUGCGCAAGGAUCAAUUGACCGUUCGCAGAAUGGCUGACGGCGCUGGCAUGGAGUCCUUUUCCUCGUCAUCUUCCUCGGCAUCGACGUCGAUGCGACCGACGUUUGAUCAGCUCAAUGCAGAGCUGUUCUCGCGCGGCUUCGUUCCCUCGCCGCUCGACGUCGGCGGGAUGCGUUCCUCGUCGGUCAACCAGCUGGCCGACGCGCUUCACGCCAUGCUUUCGCAGCGGCAGCAAGAUGUAGAGUUCAGAGAGGCAGUCUCGGCAAAGAAUCGAAGCCUCGCCUCGAGCCUGGAAAGGACGCAGAGAUUUCUGGCUGAGGAAAAGGAGAGACGACUGGAUGCGGAGAGAGGCCUGGAGGCGAGCAAGGCAAAGGUCGGCAACCUUACAGACUCGCUGAACACGUCACAGAGCGCGCUCAAGCAGGCGAGGGAAGACGUUCAAAAGUCGAGGAGGGACUUACAUUCGAUCAAGGCGCAGGCAAACCAGCACAAGGUGGCCUGCGAACGCCAGGUGGAGCGUCUGCGGGCCCGAUUUGGCGAAGAGUCGAUCAAGGCCAUGAAGAGUGUGGUGCCAGAGGUGUACAUUGUCCCUGGCACGGGCCACGUUUCGAAGUCGCAGGGCUCGAGAGGCAUGGAGCGCAUGCAGCUCGAGGAGCUGGAAGCGAAGCGAUCGGAGCUCCUCGAGACCAACCGAGCCCUCAAGAGGAUUGCAACGGAGGCCAUCAAUGCUGCGCGGGACGCCGACAACGCUCUCGUCGAGCUCAUCCGAUCCGAAGAGGGCUACCGACGACGACUGUCCAAGCUCCUCGGCAGCAGCCAUGGCCUGGCCUCUUCGCAGCAGUCUGAGGCCAGUCUCGUUCCCCACGCCGUUCUUUUCACCAGGGACAUCUUCCCGCCCUUGUUCCCUCUACCGUCCGACUACGCUGGAGAGGCAUCGCGCAAGACGGAUCACCCGGCUGCGCGCGCACUACGGUCGACCGUCGACUGCAUUCAUCUGCACCGAAAGACACUGCGCGAAGCCCAGACGGAAAGGAGCCUCACGCUCAGCGAGACACUGCGAACAACGAACAAGGCCGCCGCCGAAGAGGCUUCUUCCUCGUCCAGCAGCAAUCGCUCCUCGACGGCGUCUGCCUCUGCCGACAUCGACGCACCCGCGUCUGCGACUGCCUUUGCGGCGGCCAGGGGCCAGCCGAGCGCGUAUGAGGAGCGCAAGCGGCUCGAGGUCAAGCUUGCCGAGACGCUGGCCAAGCUGAGCCAGGUACAGGCGGAAGCGCAGGCCGCAAAGGGUCGCAAGGGUGCGCACGGCGAGGCGGACAGCAAGGCCAAGGAACGGGAAGCGGAGCUGGAAAAGGCAAAGGAGGAGCUGGCGCAUGCGCUCAACGAGGCAAAGAUGGAGGCGCAGGGCGAGCGGCAGAGGUGCGCAAAUAUGCUUGCCGUCCUCGAAGAAGAGAGGCGAGAGCUGGCCAAGGAGAGGGAGGAGCUCGUGCGAAAGCAGGAGGCAAUGGCGGGCGAGAGAAGCGUUGCGUGGGCUGAGAUUGUAGAUGCCAGGCGGCAAAAGCUCGGGGACGAGGGGCCAAAGGGCAGAGAGAGCCACAUGGCCACGGUCGAGUGGGCUGCACAGUCGCCCAGCAUCAUCUCGUCUCACAAGCGGAAGAGCAGCCUGUACGAUGAGGGCGACGAAGACGACGAGCCGGUAGAAGCGCCGACUUCGUCUUCACGAGCUGCGCCCCUGUCGUCAUCACCGGUGAAGGACGACGUGGGACGACAAGCCAAACGUGCGAAGCCGAUGAGCGAAGCAGCAGCAGCAGCAGCAGCAACAAUGAAUACAACAACAAAGAGGCCUUCGCUGCCAAAGGCGAUGACAGCACGGCGCCCUCGUGAGCCAUUGUCAGGGGGCGCAAAGCGAGAGCCAGUCUCGACAGGCCCCAUCCGGCGCACGUCUUCGGGCUCGGGGCGCGGAGCCACCGCGCCGUCCGCGCCCGCUCCUCAACCAGCGAAGAAGACCGUCGCACCGACACCGUUUCCCCCUAGCAAAGCCACUGCCAAGACGAGCACGGCGGCACGGCGAGGAAGAGCAAUCGAGCCUCUCGGAGUGGCGACAAAUCGCGAGUGAUCCACGGCUCAACUCCCUGUACUGUAGCACAUUUUACCUUUUUAUUCCAAUCCUGUUCCCCAUCAGCUUCUCGACCAAAUUCCUUGCGACAACCAGGAUGGCAUUGCAUGUAGAGACAUGUCUACUGGGCCAGACCGCAGAUGGAUAGCUCCCUCAUCUCCUGCAAGACGCCCUCGACCUGAAAAGAACAAACGGCAGACGGUCAGUGGACUUGCACAUCGAAGAAAAGGAGACGAGAGAAGAACGACGCUCACCUGUGUGUCGAGCUGGCCAUCGGCGUAUUCCUCCCGGAUGCCCUCUGCAAAAUACCGCUGGACGCCGCCCAUCUUCUCAUAGCCCUCCUCUGCGAAGCGGGCCUGCAUGCGCACCAUGGCCUCAAACGACGGGUCGAGGUAAGGGAUGCGGAGGUCGACGAGCUGGGGCAGCUCCUCGAGCAGCUGCUGAUUCAUG